UGUUGUUAGUAUAGCUCGGUUCUCGCCACAUUCACAUUCUUAAAAAGUUAUGGGAAAUAAUCGAAUAAUUUCAAAUAAAAUUUAAUAAAAAUUAUAAAAAAUACAAGAAUUUAAAAAUAACAAAACAACAAAAUGUGGAUAACCUAAAUCAGUACAGAAAUCUAAUUGAUUAAAGCAAACAAACAAGAAAUUUUCUUGAAUUGUAAAGUGGUUUUCGACAAACAACAAAAAAAAAAAGGAGAAACAGAAUGCACACAUCCAAAAAAGGAAAAUUAAAAUAUUAAUAAAUGUCAAUAAAUUAUGCUGCUGUAGAGUCAUAUGUGUAAAUUAUUUCAGUGAGUGUGUUACUAGUAUGUUAGAUUGGUAUUUUGCAUGAAAUUUGGGCGAAAAUUCUUUUGUUUUAAACGUUUUGGAAAGAAGUGGAGGCAAAAAAUGGGUGUUGCUGCGAAAUACAACGACGCAGCUAGAAACAAUUCUUUUACCACAAAAUAUAGGCAAGGCAGCAGCAGGCCAAGCAGCUAAGUGUUAUUGUAUUGUAUGUUGUGCUGUCAAAUAAGCAAAAGAAUGAUGAGUUUCGAAGUGUAGAAUAGUGUUGAGGAAAUUUGUGAAAAAAUAAUAUCGAUUACAGUACAAGAAAUGAAUACAUGCUAAAUGUAUUGUGAAGCAAAACAAAUCAACAUGAAACCAUAAAGAAGAAAAUACCAAUAGAAACCACACAGAAAAACCAAACCCCAAGCUUAUAACUAACUCUCUAUUAUUGUUUCCUUUGUUGCAUUUUCCUAUUAAGUGUCAUCGAUUCUAAAGUUUGGCUCCUCGCCCGGCCCGUCCCUCAACAACAACCGUGUGUUAACCAGCUGUUUUAAAUUUUACGCGCGCCAUAAUUUGCCGUUUGACUUUACAACAGCAACAUCAACAAAAAUAACCAGAACGGGCCAACAAUAGCUAGCGGCGGCGGCAGUGGCCCUAUUACUGCUUUACAUUGAUAUUGGACACCCUACGGUGUAAAUCUGGCAGAGUGUGCCCUGGGCACAUUCUAUUUGGUAUUGUGAAAAAAUGCCGCCUGCACUUAUGAAUAUAGCCGAAUUUGUUGAGGAAACCCGAGAUGAUUACAAUUCACCAACAACAUCAACAUUUGCAUCCCGCAUGAUGCCGGCAUGUCGUCAAACCAUUGCAGUAUUGGAAGAGCGCUUGGAGUUUGACCGUGAAGGAUUAACAAAACUGAAAAAAGCAGUCAAGGCCAUACACAAUUCAGGAAAUACUCAUGUCGACAAUGAAAUGUUUCUGGUGAGGGCCCUUGAACGUCUCGGCGGCAAGGUAAUCGAUCAGGAUGAACCUGAUAUAGGAGCGGCAUUCCUUAAAUUCUCAGUGGUGACAAAAGAGUUGAGUGCAUUAAUGAAGACAUUGAUGCAAAAUAUCAACAAUAUUGUCAUGUUUCCGGUCGAUUCAAUGUUGAAAAGUGAGCUACGUGGUGUCAAGGGCGACAUGAAGAGGCCCUUCGACAAGGCUGCCAAAGACUACGAAGCGAAAUUCAUUAAAAUCGAAAAGGAGAAAAAGGCCCAGGCCAAAGAGGCGGGUAUGGUGCGAACAGAAAUCGAUGCUGCUGUUGUGGCCGAUGAAAUGGAAAAAGAACGUCGACUAUAUCAGUUACAGACCUGUGAAUAUUUAUUGAAAUAUAAGGAAAUCAAAACAAAAACUGGCAUCGAACUGCUGCAGCAUUUCAUCGAAUACUAUCAUGCUUUGAAUAACUAUUUCAAAGAUGGCCUCCAAACGAUCGAACAUUUCGGAACAUAUAUCAGUGAUUUAAGUGAUAAAUUGCAUAAAAUUAAACAGCGCCAGGAUGAAGACCGUCGCAGCCUCUUAGAAUUGCGAACACUGCUGCGGAGCACACCCGAUUUUGAACGUGUGGAAAAUGUACCCACCGACAAGGGUGGAGGUGGAACGGGUUAUUCACUGCAUCAGCUGCAGGGUGAUAAACAUCAUGGUGUUACACGUUCCGGCCAUCUAUUGAAGAAAAGCGAAGGGAAAGUGCGAAGAGUUUGGCAAAAACGAAGAUGUCGGGUGACCAGUGAUGGAUUUCUUGACAUAUGCCAUGCCGAUGAAACCAAACCGCCGACAAGAGUAAAUUUGCUGACAUGUCAAAUCAAACCGGUACCGGAUGAUAAACGAGGCUUUGAUUUAAUCAGUUACAAUCGUCCAUAUCAUUUUCAGGCUGAAGAUGAAUCCGAUCAAAAAGCUUGGAUGGCUGUUUUGGUGAAUUGUAAAGAAAAAGCUUUAGCUAAAGCAUUCCAGCAUGCAAAUCCCCAAAUGAGUCCAAGUUUGGUGGAACUACAAAAGACUGUUAUCAGAUACGUCCAAUUAUUGCCAGGCAAUGAUCAAUGCUGUGACUGUGGCUCACGCAAUGAUGUCACCUGGAUAAGUCUGAAUUUUGGUAUUCUUGUUUGUAUUCAAUGCUCCGGUGUCCAUCGGGAUCUUGGCGUCCACCAUUCACGGAUACAAAGUCUGACACUGGAUAAUCUAACAACAGCCAAUCUAUUGAUAGCUCGUGCCAUGGGUAAUCAUGCUUUAAAUGAAAUAAUGGAAGCCACACUGGGCAAGGGCAAACUAACACCGGAUAGUACAAUGGAACAACGAUACGAUUUUAUACGUGCCAAAUAUGUGGCAAAACGAUAUGUGAUGCGUACAUGUGCCGAUGAGAAUGAUUUACGCUGUGAUCUUGAACAGGCCGUGGUUAAUGCCGAUAUGAGUCAACUGCUGCAAGUGUGGGCAGAGGGUGCAGAUCUCACAUGUUGCUUACCCUCGUGGGAUGAUGGUGUUACGGCACUGCAUCUGGCUGUCCUUCGGGAAACUGGAUGUACGCUGCAUAUUGUUGAUUUCCUUAUACAGAAUAUGCCACCAAAAGGUUUAAAUAAAGUCACAAAUCCACCCAGUAUAUUGAAUGUGACGGGUAAAAAUACGGCGUUGCAUUUGUGUGCGGCACACGAUAAGCGUGAGUGUAUAAAGCUUCUGCUGCGCUCCGGAGCCGAUUAUGAGAUACGUAAUUCCCAGAAUAAAACCGCUUUGGACAUAGCCAAAGAAAUGGGCCAUAAUGUGUGUAAGGAAUUGAUUGAGUGUGCCAUGCGACGUGAGAAAAGUGCUUUCGAUCACAUCAAUACAGAUUGGAAUCUGCCAAACGAAGAUGGCUCAACAGAUUUUUCGGAUGAUGAUACGGUUAUCGAUGAGCGUAAGCGUUCACGUCCUCCCAGUUUUGCCGGCGGUGAUUCACCGGUAUUACGUUCACGUUCCUCAACUUGUGAUUCAAUACAAAGUAGUUCUAGUCCUAUUGCAAAUUGUCCCAGUCGACAAUUCACCCUGCCCAUGUAUCAACAAUCGGCAGGCACAUCGCCCAAACAGCAAAUGUCUUUGGGCCAAUAUUUGGGCAGUGCUGGUAACAUUAAUGCUGCAGUAGCUGCUGGAGUUGUUGGUAGUGGUAGCGGCGUCGGGGUUGGUGGUGGUGGUAGUAGUAGUGCCGUUGGCGGCGGUGGUUCAAGUCCCAGUUCAGCCUCAAGCCAAAGUGGCCGUCUGGCAAGAAGUAACAAUGAGUUCGGUGGAGGAGCUAGAAAAUCAACAUCCACAGCCAAUAUGAACUCGUUAAAGAAACGAGCUCCGGCACCGCCACCCGGUACAACAUCAUCAAAUUUUUAUGGUACAUUACCACAUCCGCCUAGGCAUUCACAAAAUUUCGAUACAAAUGACAUACGAACGCACAAUCAUAAAAAUCAAUCAAUGGAUCCAGCUUCAUAUGGUACCCUGCCGCUACUGCGUUCCGUCGACAGCAGUCCACGUAUUAUGGGUGGCGGCGGCCACAAUAGUUCAGCAUCACAUGGUGGUAGCUUUUAUGAGCGUAUUGAUAAGUUGGUUGUCUCCCAGGAUCCAAAUGGUGGUCCCACAACGGCAGGGCAUCACAUUAUGCCGGCCAUGACAACAUUUGGUCACAAACGUUCGCCCAGUGGAGAAUCAUUAAAUCGGAAUUUACACUUGGCCGGAGCCAAGCUUGUACUGCCGCCAGCUGGAGAAAUACCCACAUUAAAGCAUGUAGAUAAAUCGGCAUUGUCAAGACCAAAAAUACCACCGCCAGGUCCACCUGCAGAACGUGAAAUAUCUAACGGCCAAUCAAAUGAAAGUAUCAGCUCAAUCGAUGAAGGACCCAUUGCGCCACCCCGAAAGCGCAAACAUAAUAAGUUAUUGAAAUUGUCUCAACCCAGUGAAGAAACGCUUAUGAAUCAAUCAACCAAUUACACCGAAUAUGAGUCAUGGAACACUGAUAUGGAUUCCUCAGGCGGCGGCCUAGACCAUUCAGCCGAAUCAAAUUUAUCAUCGAGUGAUAACGAUCGUAUUAAUUCGUCGCCCGAUAAUCUCCUUAAGGGUCCAUGCAGUAGUAGUGGUGUUGGUGGAGGCGGUUGCGGUGGCCUUAGUAUUUGUGGCGGUAGUUCAAGUGGUUCCGGAGUUAGUGGCAGUGUACUGACAGCAACAACUGGAGGAAAUAAAUAUAACUAUGCUGGUCAUCGCCGUUGUCGUGCCUUAUACGAUUGCUCUGCCGACAAUGAUGAUGAAUUGGAAUUCAAGGAGGGCGAAGUCCUCAUUGUACUCAACGAACGAACAGAUGAUGAAAAUUGGAUGGAGGGUGUUAUCGAAGGUGAUCCAUCGCGUCGUGGCAUGUUUCCCGUAAGUUUCGUCCAUAUGUUACCCGAUUAAAAAACCAAACAUGAAACAUACAAAACAAAUGGGUAGUAUAGUAUUAAUUUGUAAUCAUAACAAACAAACAACAACAAAAAUACCAUUGAACUUUGUAAAUGUAGUAGAUGAUAUAAUAAUAAUUAAUCUUAAUAAUAAUGAUAUAUAGUAAAGGUAGAUUUAAAAAAAGAAAAAAAAAAACAAAACGAAAACACAACAAUAACACAAAACAAACGUUACAAAUCUCUUUAUGACAAACGCAAAACAAGAAAUAUAACAAAAUAUAAAACAAGCAGAAGGUAAUGUUGUAUUUAGCCGACGAUAAUAGUAGAUCUUUUGAAAAAGAAAAUGAAAAAUUCAGAACAAAGCAUAUUACAUUAAAAAAAUUAUUAUAAAAACAACAAAAGUGUUGUUCCGCUCCAAAAUUUAACUCAAGGUUAUUUGUAUUUGUGUAACAUCGUACAUACAUAACCCAACAAAAAUAUUGCCGAAUAAAAUAUUUAAUAAAAAUUUAGAAAUGUUUCAUAUAACAAAACACACAUAAACUAAAAACAAUAUAAAAAAAAAAACAGAUCAACAACAGAAAGAAACACACAAACGUAUUAUAAAAUGUAAUUAUUACUAUUAGUGUAACUACUAUUAUUAUUAAUAAUAAUGAAAAAAAUAAUAUUUAAUAAAACAACAAGUUAUAUCCUUAAAAAUACAAGAAACAAAUUAAAUUAUAAUGAAAAAAAGAAUUAAUUGAAAAUCAACAAAAUAAUCAAAUUGUUGCAACGUUUAGAAACUAUUUUAGCUAAAAAACUCAAGAAAGGCUUUUAUCUAUAGAGAUUUGACCCAUAGAAGUCGAGAAGGAUAUAUGUUGGAACCGAUGAAAUAUAUUUUAAAAUACAAGGAUUAUAGAUCUUCCCUCUUGAAAUGAUACAUACGAUUUUUCUUCCAUAGACGAUCUACGGAAUACAUUCACAGUUUAUUGUCAUUUGAGCUUUUUAUCACUUUGACCAAAACUUCCGACGAUAGGUCCUCACAUUCUUUACGGAUAUUGACUUUAAAAGCUGAAGGAGUCUGAGGCUUGUUGACAAAUACCUGCGGCUUCAAAAAGCCCCACAAAAAGAAGUCUGGAGCGGUCAAAUCAGGCGAUCUCGCAUCCCGGGAAAUGCGUCCAUCCAAUCGAUAUGCUGAUCGCGGCACGUGCAAUGUGUGCCAUUUGCACCGCCCUUUUGGGACCACAUGUUUUCCAAUCCCAACUAAAGAAGUUGCGGCAAAAAGAAGUCGUUGAUCAUUGCUUUGUAGCGCUCACCAUUCACAGUAACCGUGUGGCCCGCGACGUCUUCGAAGAAAAAAUGUUUGAUGACUCCUCCAGCGAAAACAUACAGUGACUUUGAGCGGGUGUAAUGACUCUUCGUGGGUUACACGCAGAUUUUCAGUGCCCCAGAAGCGUGAAGUUAGCUUAUUUACGUAACGCUAAGAUGGAAAUGGGUCUCAUCACUCAUGAUUAAACUGACAGGGCUUGGCUUUUCGGCUUUUUGGUAUUCGGUUUUAGAACCUUGGAAAAGUGUUCAGAAUUUUGUGCAUUUUCAAGUCUCGAUAAGAGCUGUCAAGCUCAAGGAUAGAAAUUUAAGCUGACUAUAUGAUGAUAAAGAAUAUUGCCGAUUAUGCGAGACCACUCUACUGUUACCCUCGGUUUUCAGAUCGAAGACAAAAUGCCUUCAUUAAGAAAAAUAUUUUUUCCAUGUUCACUUUUGGUAUAAUCCCAAUAUAAUGUUAUAUUGAUUCAAAGUUUCCUAGAACUUAUUAACAAAGUCCAAAUCUUUAAACAUGUUUUCGAAAACUUGACAGAUGUUUAAAACUCCCUUUCCCAGGACCUUAGAUCAUGCGUUGCACAGCUUACAUUUUUAUCAAAGAAAGAGAGAAACAAAAACAUAUAUAUCACCUGCAACUACAUUUAUUAAAAUCUACUACUAUUUUUUUGUAUAUAAUACCCGCUGUAAAGUAUUUUUUAUUAUAAUUUGUAUUAAAAACAAAACCAAUCUCCGUGAUUUCCUUAUCAUUUAACAAUUAGACUCUUGAGUAUUGUAAAAAACGUAUUGCUUUUUUAAUAAGUAUUUGUUUGAACAAGAUGGAAAAACAAACUGAAAAAGUAAAUACUUAACCUCACCUAUUAUUAUCAUUAUUACUAUUAUUUUAGAAAAAACCAACCAACAACUACACAAACAAAAACACUUCUUCCUAUGUAAUUAAUGUUACAAAAAAUGCUAUUGCUUAUUAGAUUAAAACAUAAUUAUGUAUAUUGUAUUAUUUAUGUAUAAAUAAUUUUUUAUAUUUUUAUUUAAUCGAACAACUAAAAACAAAUCUAUAAAUUUGGAAUUGCUCUAAUAACAAGAAUUGAUGAUAAUAAUAUUGUGUAGUUAUAUAUAUAAACGUAAAAAAACAAACAAAAUGUUAUAGUAAUCCUCGUGUUUCGGGUGAAAGUGAAAGUUCGAAUAGUAGCAAGUAUCCUAUUUGUUGUAUGUAUGUCUAUGAAUUUAAAUUCCCUCUAAAAACGAUAAUGAAAUUGUAGCGAAUGUUGAUGGCCAGAUUGUUUUUAAUUCACCCUUUUUUCUGUAAUAAUUAGAUUUGUUUUUUACUUAAGUUCCAAGAAAACAGUAAAUACAUAUAGAUAUAUAUUUAAAUAUAACAUUAAGACAAAUAAAAGAAUCACACACUCACCUAUACAUAUAUUCUUCAAGAAAAAAUUCAAUCCCCUUUUUGUUUGAUUUUUAACACAUAAGUCUUGAUAGUUUAAGUGCAAAAUAUGACUUAUUUUAUGACCCUCUUUGUCUCUAAAACUUCAUAAAACUAACUGUGGGAAUUUUAAAUUGGUUGUACUCAAACAUAUCUGUUUAUUAGUGGGGAAUAAUUAUUAUUAUUUUUUUUUUUUUGCAAAGUUUCUACAUAGGUCCAUGUUGUUGGGUUCCUCAGAUAAAAAAUAUGAAAAUUUCUAAUCACUUUAUUGUUAACGCAUUUCAUUGCAAUUUAGAAAUGUGUAUUUAAAAUGAUUAGAAAAGUUUUUGUUAGAAAAAUGUUUGUAUUUAAAAUAUUCGCUCUUUUUUAUUUCCAUGUGACUUAAUAUUUAGGAAUUACGUUGUUGCAAAAUAGUCAGGCAUAAUCCCAUUAUUGUUGUUUUUAUAAAAACGACGAGAAAGAUGUUAAUGAUUACCAGGGGCAGGGAAUACCUGGCAGGGGAGGCAGGGAAUGCCUAGGCUUCGGAAAGAUCCACCAAUCCUCAUCAGUUCAAUAAUAACAAUAAGAAAAAGAAAAACAAAAACAUAUACAUAUAUCCGCUAUUAUAUUUUACAGAACUUUCAACCCCAGAAUUGUUACGCAACACGGAAUAAAUAUGGGGUUGAAAGUUCUUUCGCAAAUAUAUUAUAAAGAAUGUAGGAAAAUGGAAUUCAAUUUGCUUAUUGCUAUGGAUGUAAGAUUUCCUUCCCUGGUCAUAUUUAUGGCGAGAACCAAACGUGAGUGGUUGCCUCCUUCUGUCCGAAAUUGCAGUGCGAUGGAAUGGCGCCUGAAAAUCUAACGAAUGUGCUAGGAGCAAUAAAGAGGGAUGUAGGAAACGGCUCCAAAUACAUAAUAGUGAACGGCGUAUUAUUUUUUUAGAGAGCUUUGUCCGCCUUAUUUUAAGGUUUAGCGAAGACAAGACCUUCAUAAUGGUUCUUGCACUUUUUGGAAUUUCAACGGCUUUACCCCGAGCCCAUUUUUCAAUAUUUGCCGAAUGGAAUAUUGCGAUAUGUUCAGCUCACGAGACAUUUCGAGGCGGGUUUCGAUCAAGUCGCUUCUUUACUUUUCGAACCAUUUCUGCAGAUGUUGCUGUUUUCUUCCGUCCACUUCCUUGGCGUCGGGCAAUCUUAUGUAUGUACAGGGUGAGAUAAAAAACUGCAAUAAUGUCGAACGCCAUAAUUUUAGCAUUUUUUUAAAUGUUAUUGAAUGAAAGCAAACAAUGUCGGAAAUAGCAUAAAAUUUUAGAAUAAGUUUAGAAUUGUUCGUACUGGUCACAUUUGGCACGAAUUAUGGCUUUCAAACGACCAAUGAAACCGUCACACGCUUCCCGAAUGUUGCUCUGAGGUAUUUUGGGCCAUUCCCGGCGAAGCGCUUGCUUGAGGUGAUCGACACUUUGGUAUUUUUUAAUGCCAACCUUGUUUUCCAAAAUACUCCAGACACAAUAGUUCAACGGAUUGGUAUCCGGAGAUUUUGGUGGCCAUUGUGCGCUGGAAAUGAAGCGAGGAACCUCAUUUUGUAACCAUUCUUGGGUGGUGCGUGCCGAGUGCGAUGGUUCUGAGUCCUGUUGGAAUGUCCAAGGUCUGCGGCCAAAAUUUAAUACACCCUUCAGAAUAUUUUCGCGAUAAUAUUCGGCAUUUAUUCUGAUGCCGCGGUCGAUUAAUACGAGAGGAGAGCGACCAUCGGCUGUUAUGGCAGCCCACACCAUCACCAUGGCCGGCGCAUGAGUUCUGGUGGCCAACCGAAGAUUCACAUUUUCAGCUGACCUCUUUGGCAAGUAAACACGAUCAUUUUGUUUGUUUACAAAUUACUGGAGAACGAAUGUUUUCUCAUCGGAGAAAACCAAAUUCGACAGUUCACCACUUUCGAUCAAGUGAAGCAACUCUUUAGCUCUAUUGAGUCUAUUUUCUUUCUGUUGCGGUGUAAAUUCUUGCACAUUUUGGAGUUUCAACGGCUUUACCCCGAGCUCAUGGAAUGUUGCGAUAUGUUCAGCUCACGAGUCAUUUUUUGGCCACUGCGAAGCGGGUUUCGAUCAAGUCGCUUCUUUACUUUUCGAACCAUUUCUGCUGAUGUUGCUGUUUUCUUCCGUCCACUUCCUUGACGUCGGGCUACGAUACCAGUAGCACGGUAACAAGCGAUGGUACAAGAUACAAACGAUUCAUUCACAUUUAAAUGCUGGAGAUCUCUUAUCGUCUAUUCUACCCGCUAAAUAUUAUCCGAUGACCACCAAAUUGGUAGGCUUCUAUCCAGUCCUAAACUCUAACUCCAUGCUAAAUUCCGCGUUGAUUGGUCUAUAAUUGAGGCCUGUAGAGCAACAGAAGAAUUAAGAAUUGUUUCUGUUUUAGUGCAUUUUAACCCCUAAAUAUUUUGCGAUCAUCUCCAAAAACAAUAGGGUUCUAUUCUGACCGUAUCCCCACCUCCAUUUUCAAUUUCGUCGGCGAGCUAGGAAUAUCCAGAUAUAGGUGUUACAUAAUUUUGACCCCAAUCAAACUUAUAAUACCCCCAACACAUAGUGUUGUAGGAUAAAAUAAAAUAUUUGCAUCGAUGUUCCAAAGAAAAUAGAAAAUAAUUCCUUUCCCUUUAAAUAAAUUUUUGUUUGGUCUAUUUUCGAGUUGACGCCUGAAAGAAAAAAGUCGUUUUAGGCAGAAGGUCUCAAAAAGAUAAAUAUUGAUAUCUGUUGCGGACCUUGAGUACUGUGUUCUCUGAUAGAAAAUUAUCUAUAUAGAUAGGCCCACAUUUUCGUAUAGACCCUAUAUAACUGUGCCUAACGGUAUUUGCAUGAUUUAUCUAAUAUUUUUUGACGGAAUUGUUGUCUUUACGAAAUCGAAUCACCUUUUUCUAUACAUAUACAAAAUGCACUGACAUUUAAUUUACUGGAAAAAUAUUCAAAACAAAGCAAAAAAAUUUAUAUUUUUAAAUAAAAAACAAGUAUGAAUACAUUUUUAUUUAUUCCAUUUACCUCAAAAAUUGUUUAUAAUUAUUAUAAAGAAAUAACAAAACAAUAAAUUAAGAAAAAAAAACAUAACAAAAAUUAAAUUAAUUUACAUAUUUGUAAUUUAUUUACAAAAUUGUAAUUUAUUUAGCUUACAUUGAACUCUCUUCAUAUGUUGUUCAGGUUGUUCUUACAGUUGUAGGGGUUAGUCCAAGAGCUCUUCCUACAUUAACAGCAUUUUCUCACGAUUUAAUAUAAUUCCAAACUUAUUAAUUUUCUUUAAUUUUGACUCAUUUUUUACGUCCUUAAUGUACUCUGGCGAAUCACAUAUAAAUUCUUACCACAACCAGACAGUUGCUCUUAGCACCACAGGCACUGCAAAUGCAAAAAAUAGUAAUCCACAAUGUAGCUCGGACCGACGCACAGAGUGGUGAAAUCACAAAACACUGAGAUUAAUUCAAAAAUGAAAUUCGUCUUUUGGAAUAAAUGUUUUUAAACUAUUAUAGAACUCUAAAUUCUACUUCAGUACCGUAAUUUCAAAUGCAUACGUUGUUUAGUUUUUUAAUUACACAGUGGCAAAGUUAAGAAAUAUUUCACUUUUUCGCAAGAAGAAGGAAAAAAAUUGUCUUUGGUUUUUUUUGAAGUACAAUAAUUUAGUUUUUUUCAUCAAAAGCUAUUAUUUUAAAAAUGAAACAUCGAAUACAAGUAGUUAUCAGUGUUUUAGAAUAAAAAUAGUUUUAAAAAUAAUGAUUAAAAAAUAUUUUAAAAAUAAAUUUAAAAUAUUACCAUAUUUUCGCCAUAUGUGGAGUUUUGAAAAAUAAUAUCGAGAAGGUCUUAAAAUUUUAAUUUUGUAUUUUAGUAUGGAAUGUCAUCUUUCAUAAUCAACAAAAAACUCGUGCCCUUUUUUGCCGUUUUUGUUUAAUUUAAAAAAUGGUGAAAAUAGUCAACUGAUUUUGCGGUGAAUGUACUUUGAUCUUGUUCUCUGUUUUUUUUUUGUCUUUCGAAAGAAGUUUCUCUUGGGGUUUUAUCCUGUUAUUGACUUGAAUUAUAAACUAUGUAUACUAUAUACUAUACAUAAAAGUAUUUCAGUCUCUUUAAAAAAUCAGUGGUGAGUGAGUUCUCCCUCAAUUUUGUCUGAUGAUCCUAUUAAAGACAAUAAGAGAGAUGUAAGGAAGGAUAAUAAGGAUGAUUUUUUAAAUGUCAGUCACUUAUAUUUUUUCUAAAUAUAUUAUAAGGUUUUAGUCUAUUUCAGAUAGGAAGGCUUAAUUGCCAGCCAAUUUUGUAUAUAUAUUUCUUUAUAAUUAUUCCUUUCCUUAUAAAAAUAUGUAGUAUUUUUGUCUUCAGAUUUAGAAGGUUUUACAAAGGAUAAAUUAUUUUUUCUCGCUUAUCUGAAAUUUUGGAUUUAUAUACGUAAUAGUGGAUUUAUCUUCACAAAAUUUAGCAGGGAGAGAUUUUGUCCGCUCAGAACUCAAAAUGUCAAGAUACUCAUGAUUGCGUUUGAAAUUAUGACCGAAACCUUCAAAAUACCAAAAAAUCAGGAAGUGACGCUAUAUGGGGGCCUUACCGAAACGUGGGCCGAUAUGUCCCAUUUUUUAUGCCAAACAUAUUAGAGGUAAUAUGAAUGUCUGAGCAAAAUUUCAGAGCGAAUUAAUCUCCGGUUUUGGGCAUCUCACCCCACUGUGCGACGCAACUUGAAAUUGCAACGACGCAAAUCGAUUUAAACGUUUAUCAACCAACGUGGGAUAUUACAGUACUUUAGAAGUUUAUGACGUUUUAUACUUUUCUAUGUUUUAUACACGUAUAUAACGUUUACAACUUUUCGACAGUCCAAAACCCAAAAAACUGUCAAACAGACCAUCUCUGAACCCGAUAUCACGUUUUUUUUUGGUUUUAGCAAAGUUUUUCUACGCAAUUUUCUCAAAAUUGGUAUUUAGAGUAAACAAUAGGCCUUCUCUGGGAGAUAAUUGGCUUUCACAUAGCCCCCAUAUAACAGUAUCACCCGAUAUUCGGUAUUUUGAUAAAUAUAGAGACAUUUUUUUAACGAAAUUUUUUUACAUAUUGCAAUUUUAUUUCUUAAUAUUGGAGGGUAUUAAAAGUUCUUCGCUUAGCUGAUUCUUUACUUGUAUUUUCUAAAAUUGUUCGCUCUAACAAAAAAUGUUUACGAAAUAUGGAGUUGGAUUCCCGUCAUUAUUAUUAUUUUUUUUUUGUAAAUAUUAAUUCCUACAUACAUUUAUAGAGGUCAAAUUUUUAAUUUUUUUCUGAAAUCAGCAGCGCAUGGUCUGUUCCAAUUAUUGCAGGAAGAAUCUAGGCCACUUUUUGUUGUGGGUCCCGUUUAAAGCAAAGUUCAUUUCAUUCGAAAUCAAUGAACUGAGUUUGGCUUGGAAAUGAACAACACGUGUAGAUGGGUUAUUGUUGUUGUGUGUUUUUUCAUUAUAAAUAAAAAAUACAGUGCAACAACCUUAAUUUGAAUAUUGAUGGACCAAUUUCCUCGAGGAAAUUUUCGCAUAAAUGACAUAAAAAUUGCACUACUACGAAGUUUGUCUCAAUUUAUUGGUUUGGCACCUCCCUGGGUUCCACUGUAUGUGUUUUCGAAAAGUUGUCCAAUAAAUUAAUUAUUAAAUAAAUACGAUUGUUGUAUUUUUUUUUUUGACGGCGUUCGUUCGAUCGUUGGUUCGUUACUCUUGACUUGUUUACCUAGAUUUUGAGAAGACAGAAAUCAAGAAAAAUACAAAGAAAAAAUCGCCAGAAAAAACAUUCGAAUUGGAAUCGUGUGCGAUGACGAAUUCUAAAAUUAUCAAAUAUUGAUUUUACGUCAAAAACUCGUUUCUCACUCUCAGUUCAAUACUCAAUUCCCAUUUGGAUGGUAACAGACAGCUUCUGUUGUGGUUGGAUACAAAGAUGGAUUGGUUAAAAAAAAACAUCAUCAACAUAACAAUAAAUUUCUAAACUAAAUGUGAAUAUAAUUAUCUAGAGCUGCCAUAAAUUAUUUAUUUUCUAAUAACAAAAAGCCACACUUAAAACAAUAAAAAAAACAAAUCACAAGCCAAUAAUAAAUUAAUAAAACAAACUAAAAAUAAACAAAACAAUAAAAUAAAUCAAAAACGAAAGAAAUUCCCCGUUUAAAUGGAAAAAACAUAACUUUGUUGACCACAAAACAAAAAAAAAAAAAAAAAACAAAA